AUGCCCGACCUGCGCGCCGCCGCCCGCGCGGCCACCGACAAGGAGCACGCCAUGACCCUGCUGCAGGGCAUCCGUCUGUACCCCAAGGCCGUCGCCUGGAGCGUGCUCAUCUCCACCUGCAUCGUCAUGGAGGGCUACGACAUCAGCCUCGUCGGCAACUUCUACGCCUUCCCGCAGUUCAACCGCAAGUACGGCGUCCGCCAGCCCGACGGCUCCUACCAGGUGCCCGCCAGCUGGCAGGCCGGCCUCAGCAAUGGCGCCGCCGUCGGCGAGAUCAUCGGCCUCUUCAUCAACGGCUGGGCCUCCGAGCGCUUCGGCUACCGCGCCACCAUCCUGUCCUCGCUCGCCUUCCUCACGGCCUUCAUCGCCCUCUUCUUCACUGCCCAGUCCGUCCACACCCUACUGGCCGCCGAGAUCCUGUGCGGUAUCCCCUGGGGCGUCUUCCAGACCCUCACCAUCACCUACGCCUGCGAGGUCUGUCCCGUUGCCCUGCGCGGCUACCUCACCACCUACGUCAACUUCUGCUGGGGCCUCGGCCAGUUCAUCGGCAUCGCCGUCCUCAAGGCCAUGCUGCCGCGCAACGACGAGUGGGCCUACCGCAUCCCCUACGCCCUGCAGUGGAUGUGGCCCCUGCCGCUCUUCGUCGGCAUCGCCCUCGCCCCCGAGUCGCCCUGGUGGCUCGUCCGCCGCCGCCGCGUCGACGAUGCCAAACGCGCCCUGCUCCGUCUCACCAGCCUCAACCGCGAGACCGGAUUCGACGCCGACGAGACCAUCGCCAUGAUGGUCCACACCAACGCCCUCGAGGAGAAGCUCACCCGCGGCGCCAGCUACUGGGACUGCUUCCGCGGCGUCGAUCUGCGCCGCACCGAGAUCGUCUGCAUGGUCUGGGCCAUGCAGAACCUUAGCGGCAACUCCUUCUCCAACUACUCCACCUACUUUCUGCAGCAGGCCGGCCUCGACACCAAGCACGCCUACUCCUUCGCCCUGGGCCAGUACGCCAUCAACAUGGUCGGCGUCUUCGGCGCCUGGUUUCUCAUGACCCUCGGCGUCGGCCGCCGCACCCUCUACCUCUACGGCCUCGCCGGCCUGUCCACCAUGCUACUGGUCAUGGGCUUCCUGGGGCUCGUCCCGCGCGCCCAUCGUACCCAGGGCUCGAUGGCCACCGGUAGCAUGAUGAUCGGCUGGGCCCUGAUCUACCAGCUGACCGUCGGCACCGUGUGCUACUCGCUCGUCUCCGAGCUGUCCUCGCGCCGCCUGCAGAUCAAAACCGUCGUGCUGGGCCGCAAUCUGUACAACGUCGUCGCCAUCAUCUGUAACAUCCUCACCCCAUACAUGCUGAACCCCAGCGCCUGGGACUGGGGCAACUAUGCCGGCUUCUUCUGGGGCGGCAUCUGCUUCCUGUGUGUCAUCUACACCUUCUUCCGCCUCCCAGAGCCCCAAGGUAGGUCCUUUGCCGAGCUCGAUCUCUUGUUCGAACGCGGCACCCGCGCUCGCAAGUUUGCGUCCACGCAGGUCGACGUCUUUGAGCACGAGGUCGAAGAGACCGUCGUCCAGAACUAUCGCGACGAAACCAAAACGUGA